AUGGCGGUGCGGAGCCUAAAGCAAACGUCCUCGGAUCCAGUCCAGCCCCCUUUCCACCGCAGCAUGCUGCUCCUCUUUUACAUCCUGGGUCAGUGUUUGUUUUUAUGCAUCUCCAACCUAGAAAAUCGACUGACCGGCAAAAUCUUCGGGCUCCAUUCUAAAGACUGUCAGUGGAGCGUUGAGCAAGCAUUGAGCAGCUGUGAAUGCAGCCUUAGCUCUGAGGGCUGCCCGCAAUUUUCCUUGCUCCUGCUUAACUUGGAGGAGUACUACUUUGAACAGCACACGGCUCAUCACAUUCAGCACAAGGGCAGCCAGAAGGAAAGGAAAAUCAGAGGCUCCUUAAAAAUAUGUUCAAAAUCAGUAAUUUUUGAACCAGAUGCAAUAUCCCAACCCAUCAUUAAGAUUCCUUUGAGGGAUUGUAUAAAAAUAGGAAAACAUGGAGAAAAUGAAGCCAAUAGACACUUUGCAAAGACAGUAUCUGGGGCGAUUUCACUCAUUUUCAGCCAGGACCUUUACCUCUCAGUGGGGCAGCGGACAGCAAGCAGAUGUCUUCUCUGA